AUGGACACAUUGAAGCUCUCAAUCAGGAGAAGAGAAGGUCGUGGGGAGGAAUCUUCCUGGAAGAAAACCGAGAGAAACUUUGACGAGGAGAUAGCAGAGCUCCACACAAAGAAGCGGCCUCUGGUCACAGAGAAAGAGAGGGAAGAGGAGGAGGAACGAAGGAAAGCAGAGUACAAGAACGAAAAUGACCGUUUGAAGAAAAGAGUUGAUCAAGUAGAGACAGAAAAUGCAAAAGUGCUCUCUGAGAAUGCUAGGCUCAAGAGGUACAUUGAAGAACUGGAGAAGGAGAAAGCUGUGGCUGCAACAGAAAAGCUGACACUUCAAGAGAAGCUUGCAGAAUUGAAGCAGAUCGUCCAAACACAUUUGCAGAAAACCAGUAGCCCGGAAGGAAGGGAAAUGAUCACAAGCAGCAAAGAAAUCUAA